UGUUGGCCAUGGUCGAGAUCAAGACAGCGGGGGGCAUCUUCGUGCUCUUCUGCGCCAUCAAUAUGCUCAACUACAUUGAUCGAGGCAUCAUCCCGGGCUCCCCACUGCAGUUUGAAGGGUUCAUCUCGUCGGUCUUGCACGCCAACGCAAACAACGCGACCGCCGGCGGCGCGGCGAGCAGCGGGGUCAGUACAUGGCUCGGCUUCUUGGUCUCGGCGUUUAUUGCAGGGUAUUCAGUCUUCAGCAUCGCGUUCGGCUACUGGGCCAUCUACUACCGGCCAUUUGUGCUGAUUGCGGCGGGGCUUGCAGUCUGGGUCGUGGCCAUGUUUCUGUGUGGCCUGGCCGACUCGGCUCAGAGCCUGACCAUGCUCCUCGUCGGUCGCAUCCUCAGCGGGGUCGGUGAGUCGUCCUUUCAAGCGAUCGCGCCAUCUUUUAUCGACGACAAUGCCCCUCCUGCCAAGCGGACUCUGUGGCUGGGAGUGUUUUACUGUGGCAUCACUGUGGGCACGGCGGCGGGAUACUUCUACAGCGCCAUGUUUGCCACGUCGGUGCUUCGGUGGCCGUGGGCCUUCUAUUUUGAAGGACUUUUCAUGGUGCCGCUCGUUCUGAUGUGCAUGUUUUGCAUCCCCAAGCGGUUCAACCUCGCGGGAGGCCACAUGGCGGCCGACACAAAGCGCAAGUCGGUUGUGAUCGAAGUGAGUGGGACGCGGCCGUCUUCUGCCGCCGGUUCCUCUUCCAACAUGUCUGUCGAUACUUCUGCGCAAGAAAGUUUUUUUCAAUCGUCGCUGUCCUUCGUCGAGCCCUCCAUGUCCAUCUCGGGAAUGGCAAGUUCAAUCGACAAAGAGUCCAAGUCGCCGCUCCUUGCACCACGUAUUGCCGUCCAUAUCGAAAUCUGGGCGAUCCUAAAAAGCCCGUUGUUCAUGCUUGUGGCGAUGGGCAGUGCUGCGUACGUUUUCAGCAUCUCUGGCCUUGGCGCGUUUGGUCCAUCGCUCCUCAUUGGGAUGGGCCUUUUUGAAGAAAAGUCGGCUGCGAUGGUGUUUGGCGCCAUUAUCGUUGUCGCUGGUACGAUCGGCACCCUCCUCGGCGGCCUUUUUCUCGACCGAAGCUGCAGGAGCCAGCCAGACAAUGAAGACUUUCGCGUGUACAUGGCGACGCGUCAGCUGUGCCUCAUGCUCACCCUUGGGACAGUUUUCCUCGUCGUGAGUUGGCUCCUCCUGGACCAUGGCCUCGCCCUCACCAUCUCGGCACUCUCGAUUGCUCUCACGUUUCUCUUUGGGUGUGUCCCGGCGUCCGUUGUCGCGAUCAUCCUGUCGGUCGACAAGCGGCGGCGCGGCCUCGCUCUCGGGAUCAACACGCUUCUGUCCCAUGUGCUCGGAGACGUCCCGUCUCCGAUUGUGCUCGGGCUCAUCAAAGACACCGCGGCCCCCCACUGCAACAUCGUCGCCGACAAUAAAUUGAAUCCGCUCUGCGCUGAGGACCGAACUGGCCUCAAACUGACGCUGCUCGUGCCGUAUCUGUGGCUCAUCUGGGCAAUAGUGCUUGCUGCCGUCGCUGUCGAAGUCGCACGCCGUCGGUAUACCCGCAGUUUGGACGCGGAAACUUCUCGCAUCGUGUCGCCCGCCACCAACGCCCACAGCGUCAUGCGAACGUGUUAGAUCUUUUUUGGCUAGCUGAUUUCAUCACCUUAUUCUAAUAUUUUAACUAUCUUUCCACGCGGAACUCGUGGGUGUUCGCCAG